CAUUAUUUAUGUGUUUUUCUUGAGAAAUUUUGCCGGUUUUCACAAAUUUAAAUCUCAAACAACUAUGUCGAAGCAAGGAGGAGGUAGCCACCGCAACAAUGCUCAUAAGAAGCGUCAGCCCCAGGUCGCCGUGGAUGAAGACAAUCCAAUAGUUCAGGCAUUUCGUAAUUAUUCGACUGAAUUGACCACGAAACAUGACCGUCAUGAGCGCAUUGUGAAGCUGAGCCGCGACAUCACCAUCGAGUCCAAGCGCAUUAUAUUCACCUUGCAUUCGAUCGAUUCGCGUAAACAAAACAAGGAGAAGAUUUUGGAGGAGGCCCAACAGCGUCUCAACAAACUGAUUGAGGUCAAUUUUCGGUCCAUUGCGCUGGAGCUGCGCGACCAGGAUGUUUAUCAGUACCGCAACGCCUACUCCGCUGGCCUUCAGGAAUUCAUCGAGGCAUACACCUACAUGGAGUAUUUAUCUCGCGAGGACAACGACGAGCCACCCAAGAGUGUGUCCGACUGGCAGGCUUUGCAGUCUGUGAUGCAAUACGUGGAGAAUCCCAGCAAAGCCAAAGACGAGGGAGCUUCGGUCGAGGAGACUGACGCUGCUGAAGAGGAGCUGCCUAAGAAGUUUCAGUUCUUCAUCGAUCCCACAGAGUACGUGCUGGGAUUAUCCGAUCUAACCGGGGAACUUAUGCGGCGAUGCAUCAAUUCUCUGGGCAGCGGCGACACAGAUACCUGCAUGGAGACCUGUAGCACUUUGCAGAUGUUUUACACAGGUUACAUCAGCCUGAACUUGCAACGCGCUCGGGAGUUGUGGCGAAAGAUAACCACAAUGAGACAGAGCGUCCUUAAGGCAGAGAAUGUCUGCUACAAUGUUAAAGUGCGUGGUGGCGAGGCAGCCGUUUGGGGCUCGAAUUUCGACCAAAAGCCUGCGGAGGAUGUCGACGAGGGAUUCUACUAAUGAAAAUUUCUUUAAUCUAUAGACUUAAAUUUAUUAUUAUUACUCAACGGCUUGCUAUAAUGUACUAUAACAUUUUGUACAUUAA